AUGCCCAACAUGCCAGAAAGACCAAGAUUUAAGGAAGGUUUAGGUAAAAUCAAAGAUGAGAAUCUUUUCAAAGAAAUCAACAAAGUUCCAUUAUUUAUGACUGAACUGCCUGAGGAUGAAAGAGAAGAAAAUUCUACUUUAUCAGCUUUACAAUCUUUGAUUUAUGAUGGACCACCAGAAGAAAUUGCAGAAAAUUUUAAGAAUCAAGGAAAUGAAUGUUUCAAAUCUGGCAAAUCGCAUUAUCAAGAUGCAAUAAAUUUUUACACUAAGGCAUUGGAUACUGAUUGCAAAGAUAAUAAAAUAAUUGAAGCUUGUUUAACUAAUAGAGCUGCUGUCAAUUUGGAAUUACAAAAUUAUCGUAGAGUUUUAAAUGAUUGUGCGAAGGCAUUAAAAAUCAAUACUAAAAAUAUCAAAGCAUUUUAUCGAUCUGCAAAAGCUUUAUAUAUGCUUGAUAAAUUAGAUGAGGCUUUGGAUUGUUGUGAUCAUGCACUUUUGAUUGAUCCAAAUAACCUUGCCAUGCAAAAAGAGAAGGAAAAAUGUAUAAACCAUAAGAAGGUCUUGGACGAGAAACGACGAAAACAAUUAGAAUUGGAAUUAAAAAAAAGAGAAGAAAAAAUUGCAUUGGAAAAGGCGAUAAAGAUUCGCGAUAUUCAAAUGGAAUCAACUUCGAAUGCUCCUGACUCACCACAUUCUGUUCAUCUUCAUCCAGAAUCACAACAAUUAAUAUGGCCUGUUUUUUUUUUAUAUCCAGAAUACAAAGAGUCAGAUUUUGUUGCAGCUUUUAAUGAAGAUACUACAUUUCUUGAUCAUUUAGAAGUAAUUUUUGAAAAUCCUGCACCCUGGGACGUUGAUGGCAAAUAUAGAUCAUUAAAUAAUUUACAAAUUUAUUUUGAAUAUGAUCCAUCAAAUAGUGGAGGAAUGGAUGCUAAACCAAAAUUAAUUAAGAUUGGAAAGAAAUGUAUUCUAAAAGAGGCAUUAUCUCAUCCCAAAUACAUUGUUAAGAAUGGUAUUCCUAGUUUCAUCAUAUUAUCAGAUAAAGGAAGUUUUCAUGAUGAAUUUAUAUCAAAAUAUAAAAGUUAG